AUCAAUCGCUCGGUUAUAACUUCUUGAGAUUUCGAAACGAAGCUUCUUUUCCCGCUGAAACUCUUUACCCCGGAAGGAGCAUUCUCGCUGCCAUGGACAAUCUCAGGGAUCCCGGAGAGCGACAGAAAAUCGAAUACGCCACCCAAUUCUUCGGAUUUCCUCCCGAUUCCAUGAUCGAUGCACUCAUGGGAGAUGCCACAGACACCAUCAAGGCUAGCUUUCAAGCUGCCAAGUCUCAUUCGUUGAAACAAUUUGGCGAGCGAGUCUCGGAAAAAGAAGUGAACGAAGCCUUUGUCACUCUGGAAGAGCGAUGUAUCGAGUCGACCGAGGACAUUUACUACAAGAAAUUCGGUCGGUAUGUCCGGGAGAAUAUCUUCAAUAUUCCAAAACACGUGGUUCUUCCCGAGGACAAAGUCCAUUGCGAGGCUGGCAAAGAAAACUUGGACUCAAAUGACUUUGAGGUGGCUAAAACCCGCUUUGAAGCGCUCUGUUCCAAUAUUAAAGACCAUAAGUUCAUGAAGGUCGCUUUGGAGCACAAACUCUCGCGUUUCAGAGCGAUUCUCGAACGACAAGAACGACUGCUCGCCCAAGCGACUGUCCUUAAAGAGAAUGUGAAAGUGUUGGAAGUGUUCGAUGCUCAGAAGGAUGUUCUGGACAAGAAACGAUCGGCUCUCCAGCCUUUGAUGGUCAAAAUGGAGAACAACAUGCAGAAUGACAGUGGCUGCUUUGAAGGCUCGGAUCCGGCUCAACUGGAAAAGAAACGGCAAUUCGACCUCGAGGACACGCGAUUGGCCAAAAAAUGUAAAUUGGACGACGAUUGAGUGAUGGACAUACAUAUGGUAUUACGACUUCUUGAUAACGAAAAGAAUUUAUACUUGAACACCGA